AAGUGUGCAGCGAGCUCCUGAAUCCACGCGGGUGACGCGGUCUUUGAUGCAAAAUUUAUUACGUUGGUACUUCCUACUGCUAAAUGCUUGGCUAAAAAAUGUAAACAAGGCUGCCGCAUUCAAGAGUGAAGAGAAGACAGCACACGUGUUUUUCAUUCUAUUCUAUCAUAAUCAACCAGACUUUCGUUUUAACAAUUGAUGAAUGUCGUAAUUACUUGCCAAGCAAUAAUUUACCAGGAAAGUGGUCUGCAUGCCUGCGAUACUUGAGAACAACAGUGAAAGCAAAACCAAUCGGUUGAGCACCAAAAUGAAAAGGAAAAAGGAAUUGUCGCCCCAGAAAAUGGAAGUUGACGAAAAGAAUGGGAAGGUGAAAAGAAAACGGAAAAUCGAGGAAGUUUCAGCGAUGGACGAGGAAAACAAAGGCGACAGAUCCAGUGAAAGUGAGUUAUCAGAUGGAUCUAAUGGAGAUGAGUUUGAAGAAUCAGUUAGAGCACCAGAGCCUUUCAAUAAAACUAGAGUUGUCAAGUUCGAUGCUAACUUUUUUCGAAGGAAAAUCUUUUCAAGGGAAGGAGGCACAGAACUGAAACUCUUUGCCAAACUGUUGAAUGAAAAAGAAGAAAAUGAUGGUGAUGAUUAUAUCAAGGAGUAUAUUGAUGCAGGUGGCAGCGCUCGAGAAAUUCUUGAAGCACUUUCACAAUUCAGACAUGCAGAACCAGGAAGCGCAAUGGCGGCAUUGAAAAUCCUGACUAUUUUGUUUCUGAAGACAUUACGAGAAUAUCCGGAAAAGCAAGUUGAAGCCGAAGAAGUAGCACUUCAACUGAUUCAAACUGCUGCCCCAUUUUUGAACUCUCUGCUCAUUAGCAAACAUAGACCUCCAAACGUUGUGACUGGACUUAAACUUCUGACAGCCAUGGUGAGUUUGUCACCAAAAGUUGGAAAGGAAGUUCUGCGAGUGAUAUCUUUGGGCAAAGACGAGAUCUGGUUUUUGACUAGCCACGGCAACAAACCCAACGAGAGAGGCAAUGUCCAUAUUCGCAAAAACUAUCUCUUUUUCCUGAUGGCAUUUUUGAUCGACAAGGAUUCAAACAUUAUCCAACUUCUCAUGGCUAAAGAAAAUGUUGUUGGAUCUGCCCUUCUUGGUUUAAUGCACGACGCUGCUCCGAUUGUUAACCUCAUCUUAACAACUCUGCGAUCCAAUGUUAUUGAAAACUUAAACGUUGUUAAAAGGCUGAAGCAAUCUGCAUUCAACACAAGAGUUUUGGAAGCAUUGGUCACGCUGUACGAGUGGCAAGGCCAAAGCAAGCUUAACAGAUAUAGAAAGAAGAAGAAAAUAGAGACAGCUUCUGAAGAAGAACUUCAUUUGGUUCAAGAAAGUAUUCAUGCUUUUCUGAAAACUCUGCUUACGUCCUACAAGUAUGGAGUCGUUUUCCAGACCACUACGACAGAAGUCGCAAAGAACCAUAAUCAGCAGGCAUUUUCUGUUUUGAGAAAAUUGCAAAGACCUUGGGACUGUCCGCUCAGAGGCGAUCUCCUGAUCAGUGUGCUCAAGGCUUGCCCAACAUUGUUGAAGCCCACUUUGGCCAUUUACACUGAGGCUCUAACCCCUCGACCAACUUUGACAUGGGUGAAGUCUCUCGAAUUUUUCAUCAAAGUCCUGGAAUCUGUUGACAUGGGAUCAUUUACGAUUCAUGAACCUGAUAGACCAAACCCUAAAAUGCUGACCAACAUGAUUUGCUGCAUAGCUUUACCAGUCUCUCUUCUGAGCGCCGUUCUAACACCUGGUCUCUCGAAUUCCCACGCUGCAGUCAAAGAGGCUACUUGCCGACUGCUGUCCUGCGUCUUUUCUCGUCUCAGCCUCCAUCUAAGAAGGUGCCAAGAACUUUUCCAUCUUCAUGAAAACUUUUGUGACUCUGUGAGGAGCCAAAUACAACACCAACUAUCAAACAUUCUUCCUCAUGUAUCACUAAUUUGGGAAGCAUGGAAUUUAGUCGUUGAUGAUGCUGAGGAGCUAGAAGAUAAAAGUCUGACGACCAAAUCGACCAAGAAACUUAACAUUCCUACUUUGGAUGCAUCGAUUCUUCCUGGAGUGACUUUACCAGCUGGGCCCCAGUCUUUGAGAGUGCCAACAAAAUCUGACCAAUUAGCUACUUACUUGUCAGCUCUCUUGGGCUACCAAGAUUGGCUACCUCACUGGUUAGAAAUGAGCUGGGGUGGUAAAAGUUCCACUAAAAUCCUUUCAUCGAUCAAAAGCGCCGUUGACCUUCUAGAAGGCAAAGACAAUAAUGACCUUAAGAUGAAAGCGGUCAGCCUUCUGACCAACUUGGACCAAAUGACAAUUUCUCCAAAUCAGACAAUUUUCUCCUGGGCCAUAGAAAUUCUUGUUAAUGGAAGCUACAAAAAUCCAGAAGCAUGCAGCACUCUAUUAAAAAUUCUUCAGCAAAUUGGAGUGCUCUUAGAGAAUGAUGAUGAACUGGAAGUAUGGAUUUUGAGCACAAGCGGAAGAGAGGAUUGCAAAACAGUUCUUUCAAGUGCGAUUGUCCUUUUGUCUAAAAAUUUGGUUGAUUUCACUGAAAAGCAAUAUGAGUUGAUUAGUCGUGGCGAAGUCAGCUCUACAAAAUCACACAUUGACCAGCUCGAUGAUAUGCUUGAAGAGUUGCAGCAGGAAGACAACAAAAUAAGCGGCACCGCGUACACGGGCCCAUAUCAAGACGUUGCUUUUAGUCCACUGCUGGUGGUUCUGCUGCAGCUGGCCAAGGAAAAGUCGUUUGCACAAAAGCUGCCAGCUUUGCAACACAUGGUCCAGGGAGCAACUAUCCAACUUCUACUCCAACAACCAUCUCCACACUACUUGAUCAAUGUAAUCAAGUCAAAUAUCAAGCAGUAUCCUGCAGAAUUUUCAGCACUGAUUCAGGAUUGCUCUUCCUUUCCAAUGGACUUCUUGAGUUCCACAGAGAGAAAAUUCUUCUCUUACCUGAAUGGAGAAAACUCGAAGCUUCCAAAGUCAUUGGAGCUACCAGAAAGUCAACUGAAACAACUGUGCAGACUAGUUGUGUACAAUGCUGCGCGGAAAGUGGACUCCGGGAAAUUUGAUGAAUCAGCGCUGAAAACGCAUUGGAAGGCAUUGGAGAAGAUUCUGAACAAAAUGACUUCAAGUAGCCAGGUUAGGUGCUUGGAACUUGUCAUUUGCCAUCCUGUUAUGCUCGACAAUUUUUCACUUCACGAGAAAUCUCCGUCCAGUUUAAUAGCAAGCUAUUUCCUGCUGAAAGUGAUUCCGCUUCUUGGAGAACACCCAGCUUUGACCCCUCUGCGACUGAAGGCAUUGCAUGAACUAAAAAAGAGCCUUGCUAAAGAUGGUGCAAAAUUGAAUAAACUUGAAUGGUGCCACCCAAAAAAAUUGGGAGAUUUGCUCCUACAACUGAGCCUUGAUGUUGAAGAUGUUCAAUCAAUUCUGAAAAAGCUGUUGCAUUUACCCUCUACCGUUUGGACAUCUCAAGGAGAGAACGUGUCUCAACUUUUAGCCUGCUUGCUGUCGAGCAUUCUCCAGCGAAUCUUGGCUCUCCGGAAUGUAGCCGCUGAAAACACCCAAAAUUUGAGCUUGUCUGAGAAAGAGAUGACCAAGAUCCUGGAAAUAACCUCAAAUCUGCUUCAGAAAGAAGAUUUGGAGUUUGAGCGUCUUGAAAACUCCUUGCACAUGUACCUUAGCACAUAUCCUCAUCAUGUUAGGAACAUUGCAACAGAUUUUCCUCUUGUAUUACUAAAGAAAGAAAGUGAAAUAUGUUUAAAGCUUGCUCAGAUAUGUGUGACUUGGUCAGACUGUACUGACUUACAAAAGUUGGAAAACUGGGCCAAGCAUGUGGAGAUAGGAAAAAGCCUUCCAAUAUACAGGAGUCUAUUGAGGCGCAGUGGAAAAGAUUUGUCACAUUACGAGGCAGCCAUUUGGCCUGAAAUUCAAGAGACAUUGUUUGAGACUUUGAUCAGUGCAAUCCAUUCAGAUGAUGAUAAAAAAGCUUUAUUAGGUAAAAACAAGGACGCUGUUUUAAAAUUAAUAGAAGAAUGCUAUGACAAAACUGCUGCAUCUAAAAAAAUACUCAAGUUGCUGCAAACCAGUUUUGCAUCCGAUACAAACACCGUUCAAUACAUGUGCAGCAUCAUUUCAAAAGGACACCAGAAAAGCCUUCCAGCUCUUGUUUUGUGGCUUUUGAAAAGCAUCGUAAAGCUACAGGUUACCCCUGAUGAUCCAUUGAUGUCCACCCUUUGUGAAGAGCUAUUGCGGGUGUUAAGAGAGAAUAGUGACUCCAGCAACUUGUUCUCUGCAACAAGCAACGACGAUAUGUUUGAAUUUUACAAGGCAACCCUUAACUUUGAUGUAGGAAUCAACAAUAGACUCCUUAAGUUACUUGCUGUAGUGAUUUCAAAAAAUCAAGAUCAAGCACACUCUGAAAAAGUCUUUAGCCUGAUUUUGUCUCACAAUCAAAUUUUGAAGUGCUUACUUGGUCAUGAAGAGGCUUUAAAAGUUCGAAUUCUUGAAGUGAUAGAUGCAGUGACUACUGCAAACCAUCAAUUGAUGGAACCUAAACUUGUGCCGGUUUUGCUUGGAGCAUACAACGCCUCACUUAAUCUCAGUGAUCAAAUUAUUUUGAAGCUUCUACAGAAGUACGAAAAGAAAGGAGUUAGUUUCAAAGAGUUUCAACCUCUGUUGUGGGGAGACGCUGCUACCACUCGAUACUCUCUCAGAUCUCAGCUAGGCCAGUCUUUAAAAAAUCUACCAAGCCCUAGCCAGGUUCUGAAGAAUCUAGAUCCAUCCAGAGUUUCCGCAACUCUGAAUAACUUUCCACUUGAUCGAGGUUUUGAGGAGGUGCUAUCAGUAGGAGACGGGAGAGUUUAUGACCCAGCGUUCCUGCUACCCUUGUUUGCCUACAUUCUGCUUCCAGAAGUUCCACUACAGCCAUGGCUUUUUACCAGGAAUGCAUUGCCCAUCACGCUGAUGGCUCUUUCGUCAAAUGUUAGUGAAAUGCGGAGACUGGCCAUGCUGACGAUAUCAAGAUUGUAUUUCCAUUAUGAAGCUGGAAAGAUAUCUUUUGAGAAUAAACUGUGGUUGAAUUUUAUGGACACAGUGAGGCUAACUAUCAGCAACUGUGCAGAUUUACAGCUUGCGCCUGUUAUUGCCUUGUUCUUGGCGCGUUCAUCUCAAGUCAUCUCAAACCCAGAACACGACUUGUACACAAUCUUGAACAAGUUUUUGCUUGCUAAGUCUUCGAUUGAUACAAGCACACUUCCAGAGUUCUUGCGCCUCUUGCACAGUUCCGUACCAGGACAUAAGACUCAAAGGCAGUGGAUGCUGAAUUUGAUGAAGGAUGGAAUGCGAACACAGAAAGACUUCGACUUAUUCUUUUCAUCCUUUGCUUUUAAAAUCCUUUCUUGUCUCUACAAUUCGCCUCUUUCAGAUCCCAAGUCAAAGAUUGAUGUUCUGCAAGUCAUUGCUGCUGUUGCCAAAAUACCUGGUGCUUCCAAGAGACUCCUCUCAAGUUCUGGGCUCAUGAGUUGGAUUGCUGGGGCAAUCGUGUCUCUCCCCCCAGCUGCAACGAGUGACAUUGCUGAGAACCUCAUUACACUGUUGCAGAAUAUUUGGGAAAAUUCUGAUGUGCCUAAUAUUCAAGACACCGUUCUUUACUCUGUUUCCUUGCUAAUCAAGAAAAUCCCAGCUCAAAGCAAGCUACUUCUCCCCCUGAUCAAGCUAUUGACAUCAAUUUUCCGCGGGAAUGCAGCUGCGAAGGAAAGCAUUGCUGCAGAGGAAUUGGUCCACAUUCUUGAUUUGUGUAAAAAAGCAGGCAUUCGGAAUUACUGUCUAUGCAAGGAUUUGUUACAAUUAAAAGUUGCUGGAGAUUGUGAAUUUGAACAAUCCGACUUGGAGAGGGAAAUGCAGGAUCUAAUCUGCCAGUGGAUUUUAUAAAUAAAAUAUGUUUUAAUUAAUUGACAACC